AUGUUCGGGAUCCAGGACAACCUUCCCCGCGGGGCCACGGCCAGCAUGAAGGAGGAGCCGCUGGCCGUGCGCUCCUGGAUGCACUCAGCCGGCGUGGUGGACGCCAACACGGCCGCUCAGAGCGGGGUGGGGUUAGCCCGAGCUCACUUUGAGAAGCAGCCUCCGUCCAAUUUGAGGAAGUCCAACUUCUUCCACUUCGUGUUGGCGCUGUACGACCGCCAGGGUCAGCCGGUGGAGAUCGAACGCACUACCUACGUCGACUUUGUGGAGAAAGACAAGGAGCCGAGUGGAGAGAAAACCAACAACGGGAUUCAUUACAAACUGCAGUUGCUCUACAGUAACGGAGUGAGAACGGAGCAGGAUCUGUACGUCCGGCUGAUCGACUCCAUGACCAAACAGGCCAUCAUCUACGAAGGUCAGGACAAGAAUCCGGAGAUGUGCCGGGUCCUGCUGACUCAUGAGAUCAUGUGCAGUCGCUGCUGCGAUAAGAAGAGCUGCGGGAACAGAAACGAGACGCCGUCAGACCCCGUCAUCAUUGACAGGUUCUUCCUGAAGUUCUUCCUGAAGUGUAACCAGAACUGUCUGAAGAAUGCUGGAAACCCCCGAGACAUGAGGAGGUUCCAGGUGGUGGUGUCUACGACGGUGAACGUAGACGGCCACGUUCUCGCCGUCUCCGACAACAUGUUCGUGCACAACAACUCCAAACAUGGCCGCCGAGCCCGGAGACUUGACCCGUCUGAAGCCACUCCCUGUAUUAAAGCCAUCAGUCCCAGUGAGGGUUGGACGACGGGGGGAGCCACCGUCAUCCUGAUCGGAGACAACUUCUUCGAUGGCCUGCAGGUCGUCUUCGGCACCAUGCUGGUGUGGAGCGAGCUGAUCACCCCUCAUGCUAUCCGGGUGCAGACCCCUCCCCGUCACAUCCCUGGGGUCGUGGAAGUCACGCUGUCCUACAAGUCCAAACAGUUCUGUAAAGGAGCGCCGGGACGCUUCGUUUAUACAGCUUUAAAUGAGCCCACCAUCGACUACGGCUUCCAGAGGUUACAGAAGGUCAUCCCCCGUCACCCCGGAGACCCCGAGAGACUGCCCAAGGAGGUUUUGUUGAAGAGAGCAGCUGACCUGGUGGAGGCUCUGUACGGGAUGCCUCACAACAACCAGGGUACCGAGAUCAUCCUGAAGCGAGCGGCCGACAUUGCCGAGGCGCUCUACAGCGUUCCCAGGAACCACAACCAGAUCCCUUCGCUAGGCAACACCGCGCCGCACGGCAUGAUGGGAGUGAACUCCUUCAGUGGACAGCUGGCCGUCAACGUGCCCGACAACACGCAAGUUGGUUACAGUCGUAACACGAGCAGCGUGUCACCGCGGGGAUACGUACCGAGCUCCACCCCUCAACAGAGUAACUAUGGCAACACCGUCGGCAACAUGAAUGGCUACGGCAACACCGGCAUGCCAAAUUUAGGAGUUGCAACUUCCCCCGGCUUCCUCAACGGCUCGUCUGCCAACUCUCCCUACGGCAUUUUCUCCUUCUCCGCUGCCCGUCAACAGAAGAGCGCCUUCGCUCCCGUCGUCCGGCCGUCGGUCUCCCCGCCUCCUCCCAACUGCUCCGGAAACAACUCCAACGGACUGCAGGCCAUGUCCGGCCUCGUCGUCCCUCCGAUGUAAAAUUACUUCCUCCUCGUCUGACUCCUCCCCCCCAGAGGAGGCGGGGCCUCAGACAGAAGCUGACCAGUCAGGACGGAGUAUGGAUGCUGUCACACUGUGACUGGACGAAGAAGAAAAUUAAAAGGGCUUUUUUUAGCUCUCUGUAAUUAUUCUGAUGUUACUCUGUGUUGUGGGGGGGUGGGGUCUGUUGGUGUAAAACUGAUGGUCACCUACUGCAGAGGUGAACACCACCUGAUCAUCAGUGUCUUAGUGAGGACGCCGCAUCCCUUCUGAAGUAAAACAGAUUUCAACAUUCUCCACGAUGAAGAAUGUAGCUAUACCGCAGCGCUGCCAGAUGAACCAUAACUGUCGUGUUUGUGCGAUAAGUUUUCCGUCUGUACAAUGUACGAUCAACAAUCCCAAAAGGGUGGACUCGCAUACAACAAUUUUCGUCAAAAUACCAUAAUUUCAGGCCUCUGGUACCAAAGUUUAACUGUUCACAACGAUGUUAGGGAGCAAAGAAACUUAGAAAACAAGCAA